CUUGACCCGGAAGUGAUUCGUGUAGCUACAGCUCAACGACGCGAAUACAUUUUAAACAUAAAUUUAACCACAACAGGUAGCUAUAGACGGAUACAUUGGAAUUAUGCCAUUAGGUUAGUACAGUGGUUCCCAACCAACCAGGGGUAGGUACUAGGGAGCCCUGGCUUACUUGGCUUAUCUACAGGGGAUACUUGAGAAGACUCAUGAGACCAAAGGCUUUUACUGGUUCACAUCCCUGGCUGCAAUGGCGCACAUAACAAUCAACCAGUAUCUCCAACAGGUGUAUGAGGCCAUUGAUAAUCAUGAGGGGAGUUUUUGUGCAGAACUGCUGUCAUUCAAACACCCACAUGUGGCUAACCCACGUCUCCAGCUCGCCAGUCCAGAGGAGAAGUGCCAACAGGUGCUGGAAGUCCCGUACGAUGAGAUGGUUGCAGCACACUUGAGGUGCACCUAUGCAGUGUCCAACCACGACUUUGUUGAGGCGUACAAAUGUCAGACGUUGGUGGUCCAGUCAUUCUUGAGGGCCUUCCAAUCUCACAAAGAGGAGAACUGGGCCUUGCCAGUGAUGUUCGCUGUCACGCUGGACCUGCGGAUAUUUGCCAACAAUGCAGAGCAGCAGCUCCUGAGGAAGGGAAAAGGCAAACUGGGAGACAUGCUGGAAAAAGCUGCUGAGCAACUGAUGGGCUGUUUCAGAGUGUGUGCCAGCGACAAUCGGGCUGGGAUUGACGACUCCAAGAAGUGGGGAAUGUUGUUUCUCAUCAAUCAGCUCUUCAAGAUCUACUUCAAGAUCAACAAGUUGUUGGCUGUAAGCCAGUGAUCCGGGAUCGACAGCUCCAACCUGAAGGAUGAUUACAGUAUGGCCCAGAGAGUCACCUACAAAUAUAGUCCGCAGGCCAUGUUCGUUGUUGGCUACAAACCAGCCGAGGAGUACCUGUCCUAACCCUUCCAGCACUGCCACCGCUGUAGCCAGAGGAACAAACGGAUCCUCAUCUACCUACUGCCUGUCAAGAUGUUGCUGGGUCACAUGCCUAAUCACCAGCUGCUCAGGAAGUACGACCUCAUGCAGUUUGCCGAGUCACUGUAAGCUGUGAGUGAGGGCAACCUGUUGCUGGCUGAACCAGAGGCCUUGGCCAAGCACGAGACCUUCUUCAUCCGCUGUGGCAUCUUCCUCAUCCUCGAGAAGCUCAAGAUCAUCACCAACCGGAACCUCUUCAAGAAAGUGUACCAGCUGCUGAAGACUCACCAGUUGCCCCUAGAUGCCUUCCUGGUAGCUCUGAAAAUGAUGCAGGUGGAAGAGGUGGACAUUGACGAGGUGCAGUGUAUCCUGGCCAACCUAAUCUGUGAGGGUCACAUCAAGGGCUACAUCUCUCACCAGCACCAGAAACUGGUCGUCAGCAAGGCCAAUCCAUUCCCCCUGCUGUCAUCAUCUUCCUAAUCUACGUAUCCCAGAAUCCCCUUCACCCAGGAACUGUUCCCAGAAAUAUAUUUCCUUAUUAUUUAGGUUGCAUUUUAUUUUGUCAUAUUUUAUACAUUUUGAAUAAAAGUUUUGUUGUUUUA